UCAGCGGGGGCCCCCCCGGCAAGGGCCCCUGCUGUGGUCCCCGAGCAAGAGAGGGCCUUACAGCGGGAAGUAACGGCGGAUAUAGCGGUGGCAGCAGCUGGAGAGGGGCCUUUGCUGCAGCCAAAAGAUCUGGACCUGCUCCGUGCACUGCUGCCCGUCUCCGAAGCCCUCCAGCAGCUCCUGCUGCACAGGCAGCCUCUUUUCGAGCCAGAGCCAGCUGGAUCGGCAGCCGAGGAGUCGCAGCCGCUGCUUCCUGCAAAGAGUCACUCAUGGGUACUUUGGAGCCUUCCGGGGGCCUUCGCCGCAGGUUUGAGGCAUAUUGGCGCAAUGCUACGCUUGACAGGAAGCGGCGCUUCUGCGCAGGCAGCUUCGGGAGAGUCUGGAGCGCAUGCGCUGGAGUGGCUGCCUCGUACCGGCCGACUGCUCGGCUGUACGGACACCCCCAGCUUCAGCCUCAGUGCACCCCACUGCCUCCCGCUCCACCUGCUGCCUCCGCAGCUGCGGGCCUUGCAGCGCCAGCCAGUGCUGCUUGCCGCCGUCGCAGGAGAUUUUUCGCUGCUGCUGCCGCUCUACACUGCUUGGUGGGAAGCCUGGCAACAGCAGCAACAGCAGCAACAGCAGAGCUGUCCGUGCAGCACGUCGGAGGGCAGUAGAGCCGCGGCUUCCAUAACGAGCUCCGACUGCACGGCACCUUUCGCUAGCGGCAGCCCGUGUGGUGGCAACGGCCUUAGCAACGCAAGGCAAAUGCAUCCAGUCGCGGACUAUCACGGUUUGCUACUGAAUCUUAGCUGCAUAUCAACGGACGGUAGGGAUGCCUUGUUUGCUCUGUCAUUGAAAACGUCGACUUCUUCGGGACGCAUAUCUCUAUCAGUGCAGCAGCUCGCACAGCUAGCCAUCCUUGCGCAGUGCCAUAUGCUCACGACUCCCGUCCACGAGCUCCAGCAGCAGCAAAGCGAGCAGGAGCAACACACAAGGAAGGCCCAGAGGAAGGCAGUGGCGCUGACACUCAAGACUCUGGUGAGGCUUGUGGUUGCCACCGUGGAGGAGGGGGAGCACUUGCUGCUAAGGCGUCUCCUCUCCAGCAGCAAGUGCUCUUCCUCCUGCGGCGAAUGCGGUUCAAGCGAGGGAUGCCGGAGCACGGGGGUGUGCUGUUGCGCGCUGCCUCUUCCUUCCGUGUAUCAGCCGCAGCGGCAGCAGCAGCAGCCACAUCAGCAACAAGUCCCUCCUGUGGUAGCAGUGCCUUAUCUGGUGGCUCAGCUGCGCUGUACUGGCAGCGAGGAGGUAUUGCGGGCUGCCGCUGCGGAGCUCAAUCAGAUCCUCUCCGCUUGCCCGCCGGGCCUGAUUGGUGCUGUCCACAUCUCAGGUGCAUGCGAAGCAGAGCGCCGCUUGUCGGAACGGAGGCUGAUGAUUGCUGCAGCAGCACAGGCUCUGGGUGUUGCUUCUGUUCGUGCUGCAGCACCAGCAGCAGCAGCGACGCCUGAACGGCCGCUGCUGAGGGUUCUCUCUGUGCACUCAGAGGCGGGGCCCCUAGAGCUGCUGCAUGCGCUGCUGUUAGGGGGAGAUGUUGUUGAGGGGGGGGCUGCCGCCAGCGGCAAGAGCGCAGCGGCUGGAGUGGCUUGGACCUUCGGUAUGCCAUCUGCCGAGGAAGUUGCUGCUGCUGCCGAGAAGCAGCAAAGGCGGGGGCCAGAAGACGACAGUCGGGAUGCUCUGCAGCUGUUAGAAGCAUGGCCCUAUGAGCGCCUCAGGAUGCACAGGCAACUGAAUUUGCUGUCUCCGCGGUAUGCGGAAGACACGCGGUGUCUUGACGGCUUGCCGAGUGAGAGCAGCCACAGCGGCGCAGGAGAAACAGUAGAAGCAGCAGCCGCCUCUGCCGCGGGCCUGGCCCCCGAGGACGCAGGAAAGAGUGUCAGAGAAGAGGAGCGGCAACAAGAGCCGCAGUUCACAGAAUGCGGAUUUUCAUCUUCCGUGCGCGAGAGUCGUUGCUACAUUCGGCACUUGCUUGUGCAGCACGAAAUGAACGGUUCUGCCCUGCUGCAGCAGCACAAUGUGGAGUGCUGCCUUGCGCUUGCCGCUGCAGUCCGUGAAAACAUCCGGAAAGGCACGGUUGCUGCAUUUGUUAGCUGUUUCUUGGAGAAGCAGACACUCACCCCGCAGCAGUAUGACGAAGAAUUUGCUGUUGUUGCAGCAGCACCCGAGGUGUCUGGCGAGGCUCCUCAGGACGUCGAGCACGGAGACCUGGUCCCGCAGGCUGAAAAUAGGCAGCCAGCGACUUUUAUGGAGUCUGCAAUAACCGCCGGUAAAACGCAAGACGGAACAAGCCAGGAAGAGGGAUCCGCAGCACCUGCUGCAGAGAAGGAAGGUGAAGUUGACACCUCUCGAGGUGAUUUCAGCCUCAAGAGCUGCAGCAGUUUGCAGGAGGCAUCUGGCUCGGCAGUAGCACGCCCUCGUGGUGGUCGCCUCCGCAGGAGCAACAGCAGCAGCGGGGCCGUAGCAGCCGACAGCAGCAGCAACUUGCAGCCAGUUCAGAAGAGGCGUCGCAUACAGAGCUAA